AUUACAAAAAUCUCAAUUUCGAAAUUUAAUUUACGUACAACACAUACACACACGCACACACACACACACACACAUUUAUACUUUUACGCAAUAUUUGAUGUUUUUACAUAAACGAGCAAUGCUUUUGGGAUAUUCACAACGUGCUGAAAAUAAAUUGCAAUUGCAAGGACUCAUGCAAAAUCAACUGGAUUUGGAAGAGCAACAGAUACACAUACAGAAACAGAAACAGAGGCAUCAACAUCAACACCAGCAGCAGCAGCAACAAAAAAUUCAAGUACAUUAUCAAUAUCAUGGUCAAAAAGAAAAAUUAAAGAAACAUCAACAGCAUCAACAUCAUCAACAUCAAAAUUCACAUCAGUGUCAGCAACAACAGCAGCAGAAACAGCAACAGCAGCAACAACAACAGCAGCAGCAAUGUCAUUACCAAAAACAGUUGCGCUUACAGGUGCAACAACCACAUCAACAACAACAACAACAACAACAGCAGCAGCAACAGCAGCAGCAGCAACAAAAACAACUACAUCAAUAUGAACAUCAUUAUAAUCAUCAACAUCAAGCGCAUUAUCAUCAAUUGGCAGCAGUUUUAAUUGCAUUCAUAUUAUUGCAACAUGUUGAUAUGUUUGUAUGCCAUCAUAUGCCAAUGACAGCAACAGGAGCAGACACAACAGCUAUAAUUGACGGAGCGGCCAACAAACGUGUUGCAGCAACUGGUAUCGAUGAUGAUGGUGCCAUUGUCGAUGGUCAGCCUGAAGAAAUAUUUUCAUUACCCGAUCGAAUUGAAGCAAAUUAUGAUGAGUAUCCGAUGAUAGUUCCUAAAAGAGCAGCACUACUGUUGGAUCGUUUGAUGGUGGCUCUGCAUCAUGCACUCGAGCAGGAACGUAAUGGACGACGUAGAAUCAGUGAUUUCUAUGCUAGCAAAAAUGCGAAUUUCAAGGAUACAAUUAACAAAAAUAAUGGAAACAACAAUGCUAUUAAGAAUACGAAUAGCAUGUACAGCGAUGAUGAUCCAACAGUCAUGAUGGAUUAUGAUUUCAAAGAUUUAAAUGCUAUAAAUCGUGCUACCGGUGAAACUUUAAUGGCAAAGAGCUUUCAGAGAAGAGCGAAGAACAUGGGCGGCAUCGAUAUAAGUGACGGUGAUAUGGGCGCUGAUGGUAUGGCUUUGUUAACGUCGUCAGCGGGCAUAACUGGUGAUGACGUUGGUAUUAUGGGUAGCGGUGGCGGUGGCGGAGUUGGUCGAAAUAUUGGUACUGGCGGACGUAUGUAUUGGCGUUGCUAUUUCAAUGCAGUUAGCUGCUUUUAA